AUGGCCACCAAAUUCAUCGUCCUUGUAGCCUUAAUUGGCUUAGUAACAGCUAAUCCAGGAGUUCGACCAACCAACAUGGAGCACAUGAUCGACGAGAUGAACACCAAAUGCGACUCGGGGGCCGAUUCACUGGCCUGUGUGAAAGUGAGGGCAAUGAGGUUCCUGGAUACUGUCAUGAGCAAGGAUGAUUUCAAAGUAGAUUCCCGACAAUUGGUCAGUGACGUAGAAGUGAAAUCAAAUGGAGCCAAUAGCAGAUCAGCCCGCUCCCAGGGUGACUUCUUGGACGCCAUCGAAAGCUACAUCUCAGGACAUGAUGUGACAGUUGAUUUGCCAGUUGCCGAUGCCAAAGUCACUGUUUCCUCAAGGAAUCUCAACAACGAUGAAAUCAACUUGAAUGUCAAAUUCCCAGGAUCCGAAGUCGAAGGAAAGGGUCGCAAGAACCGUUUGAAGAAAAUCGCUGUUCCAAUCAUGGUUUUGAUCCUUCUGAAGGCUAUGACUGUCAUCCCAAUGGCAAUUGGUAUCUUGAAAUUGAAGGCUUUCAAUGCUCUGGCGCUUGGUUUCUUCUCAUUUGUGGUUUCUGUUGGUUUGGCUAUUUUCCAGCUUUGCAAGAAGCUUGCCGCUGAACAUCAUCCAGCUCAUAUUAGUGCCCAUGGUCCAUGGGACAGCCGGUCAUUUGUUCCAAAUGCUCAAAUCGAAUCUGCCCAUAACCUGGCUUAUAAGGCUUAUGUCUAA